ACGAAGCUAAUAAUAUAAUGCGGCAAGAGGAGAGUUCUUUCCCUAACAAUUCUACGACGACAAUCAUGAAGAUUUGGAUUCUCUUAGUCUUCGGCGUCUCUUUUUUGGCAAGUCUUACACAUGGGUGUGAGGAUGUGAACGUAGACUGUAUGAAGUGGAAGCGUGGAGGAUAUUGCCCGAAGUGGAAAGAUUAUAUGAAAAAAUACUGUAAAAGGACAUGUGGAUUCUGCGAAGGUGGUGGUGGCAACGGUGGAAAUGGUGGCAAUGGCGGUAAUGGUGGCAACGGAGGUAACGGCGGUGGGCCACCAACUGGUGGCUCAGGAGACUGCGGAUACAAGCCUCACACUCGGAUUGUCGGUGGUACAGAGGCUCCUCGAGGAGCUUGGCCAUGGCAGGCUCAAAUCACGCAACCUCACGGCUUCCCAUUUUGCGGCGGAACACUGGUGAAUCCUCAGUGGGUGGUAACUGCAGCUCAUUGUGUCUCGAAAGACACACCAUCGGGCAUUCGUGUAAGAAUGGGAGGCCACAAGCGUCGAGGUCCCGAGGAGACAGAACAGGUUUUGGAGGUCGAAAGGAUUAUUAAUCAUCACAGUUACAAAAGACCGUAUGGUAUGGCUCACGAUAUCGCCAUGUUGAAACUGCGUCGGCCCGCUCAAAUAAACCAACAUGUCGGAAUGGCUUGCUUGCCUGGGUCAAGUGGAAGGGUUCCAGAUGGCAAGAAUUGUUGGGUUACAGGUUUUGGAAGAUUGUCAUCCGGUGGUAGCUCUCCUAAUAGGCUCAUGCAAGUCUCUGUACCAAUUGUCAGUGAAAGUAAAUGCAAAAGAGCAUAUGGCUCGUCCAUCCACGCCUCCAUGGUCUGUGCUGGACUCGAUCGCGGAGGCAAAGAUUCGUGCCAAGGUGAUUCAGGAGGACCAAUGGUGUGCGAAUACAACGGAAAGUUCUUCCUAGAGGGUGUCGUGUCGUGGGGAAGUGGAUGUGCCAAACCAGGGUACUAUGGAGUCUACUCUCGAGUCCGUUAUUUGAGGCAAUGGAUUGAUAGUACAAUGAGCCGAUAUUAAGGAUUAGUAUCUGAAAAGUAAUAAAAAACAUCGACCUACAUUUGAA